GUCAGUUUCCGCCGGUGGAAACAGCCGUCGGACCCGGUGUGGGAAGCGGCUUCUGUACUUGUUGCCACGUCGGAGUAGUUGAUGAACCUGGUUCAUUCAUUUAGAAAGAAAAUAAGGAACUAUUAUCUGGAUUGUUUUCUACUUUAGCCUCAACCAUGGUUUCCGUUAUCAACACGGUGGACACCUCCCAUGAGGACAUGAUCCACGAUGCCCAGAUGGAUUACUACGGUACUCGACUCGCCACCUGCUCCUCUGACCGCACCGUAAAGAUCUUUGAUGUCAGAAACGGAGGGCAGAUCCUGGUAGCAGACCUCAGAGGCCAUGAGGGUCCGGUGUGGCAAGUGGCGUGGGCUCACCCGAUGUUCGGCAACAUUCUGGCUUCGUGUUCCUACGACCGUAAAGUCAUCAUCUGGAAGGAGGAGAAUGGAUCCUGGGACAAGAUGCACGAAUACUGCGGACAUGAGUCGUCAGUGAACUCAGUCUGCUGGGGUCCCUAUGACUUUGGUCUGAUCCUGGCCUGCGGCAGCUCUGAUGGAGCCAUUUCUCUUCUCACUUUCACUGGAGAUCAACAGUGGGACGUUAAGAAGAUCAGCAACGCACACACUAUCGGCUGUAACGCAGUGAGUUGGGCUCCUGCUGUCGUUCCCGGCAGCCUCAUCGAUCAGCCGUCGGGUCAGAAACCAAACUACGUCAAACGCUUCGUCUCCGGCGGCUGCGACAACCUGGUCAAACUCUGGAAAGAGGAGGACGGUCAGUGGAAGGAGGACCAGAAGCUGGAGGCUCACAGUGAUUGGGUGAGAGACGUCGGCUGGGCUCCUUCUAUUGGUCUCCCCACCAGCACCAUCGCCAGCUGCUCUCAGGACGGACGUGUGUUCAUCUGGACGUGUGACGACCCCGCAGGAAACACCUGGACGGCCAAACUGCUGCACAAGUUCAAUGAUGUUGUUUGGCACGUGAGCUGGUCCAUCACUGGGAAUAUACUGGCUGUUUCUGGAGGAGACAACAAGGUGACACUGUGGAAGGAGUCGAUGGACGGUCAGUGGGCGUGCAUCAGUGACGUCAGCAAGGGCCAGGGCGCCGUUUCCACCAUCACAGACACGCAGCAGAACGAGCAGUGACACACACAUACAUAGAUAUAACAAUGACCCCUGAAUCUGCAAGGAUGACCCCACUCUUUAGAGAUGAAUUAAGCGUUAAUAAACAUGCUGGACAUUUCAGCAAACUAAAUAUUGUCCACGCCCAAUGAGCUACUUUUGAAAUGUUUUGGUAAUGACAUUAUUCGUCACACAUUCAGAGUUCAGCUGUGCAGUUUUUUGGGGGGAUAAAUGUUCCCAAAGAAAUAUGGAAACCUUCAAAAGUGAAAGAUGAAGAAUUUCUGCAAAUGCAAAGAUGACUGAUAAUAACCGUAACAUAUUUGAUCAGAUGCACUCCACCGUUUAGAGUUCCCACAUGUACAUAAAUACUUUACGCCUCCUCCGCCCUCCAUCUGAAACAUUCCACCUCCAACCAGCGGAGAACAAACUCUACCACCACCUGAAAUGAUCCCAGCAUCCUGCGGGAGCAGCAGGAAAUCCCUCAUCCGCAACUAUAAAACUGGUUCCUUCAUUAUAUCUCAUGUAUUUGGUGCAAAAACAAAUCAGAAAGAGAAACGAUCUGACUCUGAGACACUCGUCCUCAACUUCAGCUGAUAAAUUUAAUAAAAAAACAAGUACAUAAGUGAUUUAUCUAGUGACCUGUUGAAGAGAGGCUGGUUGUGACCGGUGUUUAAAUCCAGAACCUGCCUUAAUUAAUCAGCUGCUACAUUUCUACAACAGCCUGAUUAAAAUGAAGGAGGCAAACCUGUAAACAUUUUUUGAAUGUUUUCUUUCAGUUGUGAGAUCAGAAAACCAUGGAUGUGUUUUUCAUAUUUGAUGUAAUUAAAUAACUAUAAUGUUAAAAGAAUGUCCUUUUGUUUUUUCAUCGAGCUGUUUUGGUUCUCUGAAGCAGUUUGAGGAUUAAUUUGUUGAUCCUGAGCAGUCAGAUCCUGUUUCUGUGUCUUCAGGACACCAGCAGCAGGUCUGUUGAUUCCAACAGGAGAAAUGAAAGUCAGCUCACAUUAUGAUCAAGUCUUUAGUCCCAGAGAUGAUCUGAUAUUAUCCAACACAGGACACACGUCUUCUGAACAUUCUGACACAAUAAAGGCA